AUGAUUGGAUCUGCCGAAGAGUGCGAUGUCAAGAUACAUGGACAUCGUAUAUCUGCGAGACAUUUCGUGCUCUUCAAGAUCAACCAAACACGUCCAGCUACGCAAGAAGAGUAUGAGCAGUCUGGACAGACAAAAAAGACCAGUCAUCUUGUCUACUUGCAAGAAAUUUCAGGACACGGCACUUUCGUCAAUGGUCAGCUAUGCAAGCGCAAUGAAACAGUAUUGCUGCAGGAUAACGAUCUCAUCUCAUUGGGCAGCAAUGGUCCGUCUUGGUUCUUUCGCUCAACAGACAGGAAAGGCAACAAGUCAUUUGAUGAGCGCUUCAAAGUGACAAAGACACUUGGGAAAGGUCACUUUGCCGAAGUAUUCGAAGCAGUUGAACGCUGUACCAAUGCAAAGUUUGCUGCAAAGAUGAUCAAGAAGCGCAUGGUCAAUGACGACAAGGCGUUCCUGCAUGAAAUUGGUCUGCUCAUGUCUUGCACACAUCCACUCAUCACCUGUAUACGAGAUGUGUUUGAUGAUGGUAAUGUCAUUUACUUACUUCUUGAGCUCGCGCAAGGUGGGGAGCUCUUCGACCGCAUCAUACAACGUGGCAAGUUUACGGAGAAGGAGACUCGCUACGUCUUUCGUCAACUCUUCUCUGCCCUCGAAUAUCUACACGCCAGUUCAAUUGUGCAUAGGGAUAUCAAACCGGAGAAUAUCUUGCUGUGCAAACCAGACAGCUUCGAUAUUCGCUUGGCUGAUUUCGGUUUGGCAAAGAUCAUUGGCAGUCGAUCCAUCACCUCUAGUCUUGCAGGCACACCAUCGUAUAUUCCUCCAGAGAUGCUUGCGCCGCCGAAUUCCAACAAAGGCGUCGAGUAUACACGCAAGGUCGAUUCGUGGUCCGCAGGCGUGGUUCUUUAUAUCUGUCUCUGUGGAUUUCCACCCUUUUCACAAGAACUUGCGCCUCCAGACAUGAAGACACAGAUACGCGAGGGACGAUUUCAGUUCACCAGGCCAUACUGGGAUUCUGUCUCGAAUGGUGCCAUUGAUCUCAUCUCGAAACUUUUGACAGUCGACCCCGAGCAUCGGCUGAGCAUCUCUGAAGCGGCGCGGCAUCCUUGGAUGCUGGCAGAUGAUGACGCAUCAGCU